AUGAGUUGCUUAGUAAUCGAUAUGUCUUCAAAAUACGAUCGUCGAGCUGAUAUUGUGGAGAGCCUUCGCUCCGGCCACAAAGCCAAGGAAAUCAUUGAAUGGUUCAAAUACCCUAAAACCAUGUUCUAUGAUUUUGCAAAGGCAUAUGGGGCCUCAGACGAUAAGGACAAUUUGAGGCCAGAAUGCAAGACCCAUAAGAAACAGUCUGGCGCCACCAGGACACCCGAGUUCGUCGCCGACGUUGUCAAAGAGAACCCAAGAAAAAGCAUGCGGAAAAUUGCCAAAGAAAUGAGCAUCAACAGGCGAACAAUUGGACGUAUUAUCACGGAGGACUUGAAUUAUAAAUCUUAUGUGCUCAAACGGCGCCAAUUGCCUACCGUACCACUAGUCGCCCGACUUACGGUCCCCAACCUCUCUCAUUGCCAGACUGCAAUAUUCUCGACUAUUUUGUGUGUAAAGUUUUCAAGGCAGUCAUUAGGGACACCAUGGCAAAUAUGGACACUGAUGCCGUCGCCAAAGCCUGCUCCAGCUUCCUGUCCCGCCAGGAGAAAGUGGUGGCCACCAUGUGUGCGGCAGAUAAAUCCGGAUUUUUUACGUGGCAACAGCGCUGUGACGUCAUCGAGGUUGAUAUGCCAUAAACCAAACCAAACCAAACCAAACUCUGUUCAUAUCUUUCUCUCUGUCUCCCUCUGGUCAUAUCUCUCUCUCUCUCUCUCUCUCCCUCUGUUCAUAUCUCUCUCUCCUGUCUCUCUCCAUAUCUCUCUCCCUGCGUCCGUCUGUUCACAUCACUCUCCCUGUCUCCCUCCAUAUCUCUGUCUCCCUCCAUAUAUCUCUCUCCCUGUCUCCCUCCGUUCACCUCUCUCUCCCUCCCUGUCUCCCUCCGUUCACCUCUCUCUCCCUCCCUGUCUCCCUCUGUCCAUCUCUCCCUCCCUGUCUCCCUCUGUCCACCUCUCUCUCCCUGUCUCCCUCCGUCCACCUCUCUCUCCCUGUCUCCCUCCGUCCACCUCUCUCUUCGUUUACAUCUUUCUAUAUCUAUUCAUAUCUAUCUAUCUAUAUAUUAUAUAUUCAUAUCUAUGUAUCAAUAAUAUCUAUGUCUAUUCAUAG